AUGGAAAAGCACGAGAAAAAACAUUCACAAGACAUAAAAUCAAGGGUGGAAGGUAUUAAUGGUGGUGGUGGUGGUGAAUUUGAUGCAGUUCCAGUGAUUGAUAUGAUGGAGUCAUGUGUCCCACCGGGCUUUCGGUUCCACCCAACAGAUGAAGAACUUGUGGGUUAUUACCUCAGGAAGAAAGUUGCUUCUCAGAAGAUUGAUCUUGACGUUAUCAAAGAAAUAGACCUAUAUCGUAUUGAACCAUGGGAUCUCCAAGUUCUUUUUGUGAGUCGAAGUAGGGUUUUGGGUGUCAUUGAUAAAGCUUUUGUUGAAGAAGUCUUGUCUGGCUAG